GCGGGGCGCGAGCGGCGUGGAGCAGCUUUGCCUCCACAGUGCUGGGCAUGGCCGUGCCCUGGGAUACCGUCCUGCACGAUGAGGAAGCGCUGCGAGAGGUGGCGGUGGUGGCAGUGGAUGCGGCACUGGUGGAGGGCGUCCUGAUGCGCACUGAGGGCUGCCCCAAUGCCUCGGAUGUGGUGAAUUAUGCUCCUUUCACGCUGUUCCCCUCUGUGGUACCAAGUGCCCUGUUUGAACAAGCAUAUGCUGUUCAGCAAGAUUUUAACCUGCUGGUGGAUGCCAUUAGCCAAAACAAAGAAUUCCUGGAGCAGACUCUGGCCAGCACCAUCAAGGUAGAUGACUUCACAGCUCAGCUCUUCAGAAUCCACAUGCAAGUGUUGGAGGAAGGCCUGGCUCAGUCUGUGUUUUUAGGCAUAAACCGCUCUGAUUACAUGUUUGACUGUGGGGCGGAUGGCACACCGGCUCUGAAGCAAAUAGAGAUAAACACCAUUGCUGCCAGCUUUGGAGGCCUCACCUCCCGCACUGUGGCGGUCCACGGGCGAGUGUUGAAAGUGCUGGGAAAGUUUCAGGAAGCAUCACGCCUGCUGCCCAACAACCCAUCUAAAGGGCUUGCCUUGGGGAUCGCGAAAGCCUGGGAGCUCUAUGGCUCACCAAGUGCUGUGGUCAUGUUUCUGGUGGAGGAAGUCCAAAGGAACAUUUUUGAUCAGCGAUGUGUUGAAAACGAGCUUUGGAACAGGAAUAUUCGUGUCAUCCGGAAGCGAUUCAGAGAUGUGUUUGAAAAGGGGUCUCUGGAUGAUGCCAAGAGGCUGUAUAUUGACGGUCAGGAGGUAGCGGUGGUGUACUACCGAGAGGGCUACGUGCCGAAGAACUACGACCAGCAGAACUGGGAAGCACGGUUGUUGCUGGAGAGAUCAAGGGCAGCGAAGUGCCCUGACAUUGCUACCCAACUCGCAGGCACCAAGAAAGUCCAGCAGGAGCUGAGCCGGCCAGGAACGCUGGAGAGAUUGCUGCCUGGCCACACCGAGGCUAUUGCUCGGAUAAGAGCAACAUUUGCUGGACUCUAUUCCCUGGAUGUGGGUGAAGAGGGUGACAGGAUGGUUGCUGCAGCUAUCGCUGACCCUGACCGGUUUGUGCUGAAGCCGCAGCGAGAAGGUGGAGGGAACAACCUCUAUGGUGAAGAGCUCAGGCAGGUUCUGGAGAAGAUCAGAGACAGCCCUGAGAGAACCGCCUACAUCUUGAUGGAUAAGAUCAAACCACAGCCAACAAUUAAUUACUUGCUGAGGGCUCACAACCCCCUACAAGCAUCUGAGUGCAUCUCGGAGCUCGGUAUUUUUGGUGUCUAUGUCAGGCAGGGCAAGGAGAUGGUGAUGAACAAGGCUGCUGGCCACCUCCUGCGGACAAAGGCAAUUGAGCAUGCGGAUGGUGGGGUGGCGGCUGGGGUGGCAGUGCUGGACACGCCUUACUUGGUGUGAGCGGGCGAUGCCCCAUCCCGCCGGCCUGGCUCUGCUGUCCGAAGAGCUGAUCUGCCACAGGGAUGUUCUCCUGACGGUGCGCUUACCAAGGUCUGAUGUGCUGGGGACCAUGAGGAGGGACUGGGAGGACACAACUGCUCACACAUCCUGCGUGCCAGCCCCAGCUCCCCCACCACAUUUCCUUCCUCCUGCAGGAAGAAGGGACUCCUGGCUCUGCCUGCCCAGUGGCCCCGCCCCGUGAGCAUCCCAGCUGUCCCCUCCCAGGACUACACUGGUUUGGGUGUUCUUUGAGGGGUACAGCACAGCUGAAGGGCCACACCAGGCACUCCUGCUCUUCCCAGUUUCAUGCUCCUUGAUGCUGCAUUAUUUCUGGAGACAGAAACCCAAAGCAUGGAGAAUGGCAGGAGAAAGAUGGAUGUGCAACUGCCUUCGGCUGUGGGAGCCUGGUGUCUCAGUGCUUUCCAGGUUAGAGGGGAGUCCUGCUCCAUCUGCCUAUGGCCCUUCCAGCCCUUGCUCAGGUGCUGCUGCCUCCAUUUCUACAUUUCACUGUGCCUGAGGAUCCUCAGUUCCUGCGCAAGGGACAGCAGCCCCGCUGUAAUUUGCCCAAAGGCCUCUUGCUUUGCCUCUUUCCUCUUUGGUCCAACUGGAUGCUCAUCUCAAAUAGUGCCUCUGUUCUACAAGCAAGUAUGCAAAAAUGCAUCAGGUGUGCCCUGCUCUCCCUGUAGAAGGGCUGCCCUUCUUCCUGUGGCCUCCUGCAGCCUUGUCCAACAGAUCCCCGUGGGCUGGCCUAAGAAUCCUUCAACCACGAUGGCAGAUCCCAACAUGAGGGUGGAGUGGAGAGUUGUGUCACAGCCAGUGUGUCAAUAAACCCCAACUCCAUCCUCGAGGGUGUGUGGCAAUGCCUCCCACUGCAUGUCAUGCACUGAGCAUCUUCUGCCUGCUCUGCUGCGGCACAUCCAGCCCAAAAGCGAGGUCAGGGAGCCCUGACCUCUGCAGUGGUCCUGCUGGGAUGCAAGUGGGCUGAGACUGGGAGCUUUGUGGCGAGGGAGCAAAGUAAUUGUAGGAGAGGCUGAGCAUGCGCAGCCCCAGGUGCCAGAGGCUUCAUUCAAGACCAGCACCAGCAGAUGGAGGCUGUGGAGGAGCAUGGGUUCUCCCUUCCCAAGGGCUUGUGCCUCUUCCUCCAGCCCCUCUUCCUCCUCAGCCAAGCAGUUCAAGGGGAACCAUAAAAGAUGCACCUUUCUGGCAGCCUCAGCUCUGCCCUUUUAGUGACACUGGAAAGAAGCAGCGGAAAGCCAGUGUUCCUGAAGGAUGAACGUGCUGACUGGCAGACCCGCACCCUGCCGGGCGCGUUGCCAUUGUUGCUGUGUGGCGACACUAACACUGCGUGCUGCAAUCAUUCACCUCGGAGAGAGCUCCGUGCUGUAAGCGUGAGCGAUUCCGUGAUCCCUGGGUGUUUCAUUGGGGGUUGAUUACCCCAGCCUGAGAUUAAAAUGUAUGUGCAAUCUGAACUGUUCUUGUG